AUGUCCCACGACAUGUCAAACACCCAAAAUCGCAAGCGGUACGCCUCAGAGUGGCCCGAGACCGGAGCGAAGAAGAAGAAGACCGAAGGAAGCUUCUCGCCUGCCCCCGACACCGCGUCAAUGUCCCAGCAAGAGUGGCAUUAUGAAGCAAUCCGACUCGACACCGCUAUCAUCGUCAAGAAGAGACAGCGCGACUGGUGGGAGGACGUGAGAGUCACCAAGCGGGCAAGAUCGGCGGAGCCUGAGACAAUGGUCCCGGGUGAGCUGCAGGUGAAGGAACCGGAGAAGGAGAAGGAGCAGGAUGAUGUUACUAAGUGGAGAGCACCUGUGCUCUGCGGAAGCACUGGUACAUUCCCGCCUUGGGCCGUAUUGGAGGUCCCGGGUGCAAUGAGGGCUGCUGGUGCAAAGGACUCUAGAAAGCAAGCACGACCUUCCAAGCCAUCGAAGGUCGCUGAAGCAAUAUCUUCUAGUACACCAAAAGCUGGCACAUUGGGAACGACUGGCACAACGGACUCUGAACAGCAAGCACAACUGCCCAAGCCGUCCAGUGUCAUUGGAGCAGCACCUUCUAGUACACCCAGCGCCCCCUCGAACAAUGUCUUUGCAACAUCGUCUGAUUCAAGCUGGUCCGCAGCUUUCGCAGCUUUUGGAAAAUCCCCAACUGAUUUGGGACAAUUGCAGAAGCCGUCGGCACCACUUUUCGCACCCAUCAAGAAGGCGGCGACCACGGCCCCUUCUACACCACCAACCAAUGUCCCCAGCCAGGAGGAAUCCAAUUCGAUUGUCCCGGCUCAAGUGGAACAACCAACAUCGCCCAAAAAGAAAGUCAUUUUUGCAGAUAAUAAGGCACUGGAGCAGAAACUUGACGAACUGGAAGCAACGGAAGUCGAGUUCGCCAGAAAAAGCCAACAGGAGUCUAUGAGCCUUUACGGCCGCUUCAAAGAUGAUCUGAUCGAGGGAAGAGACAACUGGAUCAAUGGCUACAAGGACUCAGCAAUCGAUACUCGUCGACACCACUACGCCGACGGAGAGGAAGGCGAUGAUGUGAACACCUUCGAUUCAGACUACCAAGAUGUGGAUUACGAUUACGGAGAAGAUAACUGGGAUGGAAUGGAUGAAGACAGCAGAGCCCGAGCCGAAGAUGAGCACGAAGAACCAACCUAUGACCCCAACUUCGUCGCCGAGGAAAUCAACAACGGGGAGAAAUAUGGAAUCAAGAUUCCCGACUACACGGCGAAGGGAAGGGGUUGGGAGGAGUGGAUGCAGAUGGAGGCUAAACAGACUGCCGAGGAGAGGGCGUCAUGGAAGGCGUUCGAAGGAUUUGGCCAGCAGGAGGGUAGUGCCGCGACUGGCGCGAGCGCGGAAUACAAGACUUGGCACCGGGAGUGCAAGGCCUUCUUUGCGCAGGACAAGAGUGUUGAGUUGUCUAUGAUGACCCAGGGUCUACCAUUCCCGAAGAUUCGGGGGCGUCUCUGUGGUGUCAGUUCAAGGGAUUGCGUCAGAGGAGAGAAGUUGGGGAUCUGUCAACACGAUGUCAUGCGUGUUCUGAAGGGAGCUGGUGUUGAUAUCGAUGGAGAGGAAUGGCUUGAGCGACUUAAGAGAGAGAGACUGAGAUGGCAUCCAGAUAAAUUCAGCAGCAAGAUGGGGAAGAGAUGGGAGGCGGAGGCCAAAGAGUUAUUCCAGAUGAUUCAGGCAUUGGCGGAGAAAGAGAGUAAGGGAUGA